UACGUCAGAAGGUCAGCUGAUGGUCACACACGCGUUGUGUCCAAGAUGGCGGCGUCCUUAUGUCAGUGUUACCAGUUGUGUGUCAGAAGGGGGUUACCUCUCCUGACGGCCCGGUCUUGUGUGUCCGCUGCGAACGCUGCUCAAGUCUACCGGAUAUGUGGGUCGCCGUCGGUUUCUACACAGGUGCGGUACGCGUCGGGGGGAGGAGGGGCGAGGAAGGGCUUCCUGGGGGAGUUUGUGGACUCGCUGAAACAGGAGCUGAACAAGAACAAGGAGAUGAAGGAGAACAUCAAGAAGUUUCGGGAGGAGGCGAAGCGGCUUGAGGACUCGGAGGCCCUGAGACAGGCCCGGCGGAAAUACAAAACCAUCGAGUCUGAAACGGUGAAGACGUCCGAGGUGUUGAAGAAGAGGCUGGACUCCCUCUCAGAGACCGUCAAGGAGGGCCUGGAGGAGGUGGGGCGCACCGACCUGGGGAAGAAGAUCAAGGAGGGCGUGGAGGAGGCGGCCCGCGCAGCCAAACACUCCGCCGAGUCCGUGUCCCAGAGCGGGGAGAAGCUGGGGAAGACGGGAGCGUUCCGGGCCAUAUCCCAGGGCAUGGAGACGGUGAAGAAGGAGAUCGACGAGCUGGGGGAGAGCGGGCCAUACCGCGCCCCGUCCCGUUUGCGCAUGAGGACCGACUCCUCCUCCCGGGGGUCCGGGACCGAGUCCAGAGUCUUCGAGGCCAACGACGAUGCGAUGGGGAUCGUGCUCCACCGGGACUCCAAAUGGUAUCAGCAGUGGAAAGACUUCAAGGACAACAACAUGGUCUUCAACCGGUUCUUCGAAAUGAAGAUGAAAUACGACGAGAGUGACAACGCUGUAAUCAGGGCUUCACGCGCCGUCACGGACAGAGUCACAGGCCUCAUCGGCGGGCUGUUCUCCAAAACGGAGAUAUCCGAGGUGCUGACGGAGAUCGUGAAGGCCGAUCCGAACUUCGACAAGGACUCGUUCCUCAAGCAGUGUGAGCGUGACAUCAUCCCGAACGUCCUGGAGGCUAUGGUUCGAGGAGAGCUGGAGGUGUUGAAGGAUUGGUGUUAUGAAGCUACCUACAGUCAGCUGGCUCACCCAAUCCAGCAGGCCCGGGCCAUGGGCCUGAAGUUCCACUCCAAGAUCCUGGACAUCGACAACAUCGACCUGGCGAUGGGGAAGCUGAUGGAGCAGGGCCCGGUCCUCAUCAUCACCUUCCAGGCCCAGCUGGUGAUGGUGAUCCGGGGGCCCAGGGGGGACGUGGUGGAGGGAGACCCGGAGAAGGUGCUGAGGAUGCUGUAUGUGUGGGCUCUGUGCCGGGAUCAGGAGGAGCUGAACCCCAGCGCUGCCUGGAGACUCCUGGACAUCUCCGCCUCCAGCACUGAACAGGUCCUCUGAGACAGGAGGGGGAGAGACUAAACACACACACACACACACAUCAUAUGCACACACACACCGUACACACACAUGCGCUUACACUUCAUACAUGAACAUACACCUCACACACACACUGGCCCCAUCCUGUAUGCUGCUCAGAGGAAACCUUAAGACUAGGCUGGCACCAUUUUCUCGUAACGUCCUUGUGCCAGACUGGACUGGACUAGACUGGAUCGGACUGGAACAAACUGGACCGGAACGGAUCCAACUGGGUUUGUCCAGAGACUGUGUGGAUCUGAGAGAUCUGGUGUGCUGAGGACCAGUGGAAGAGCUUCACCAAGUGGAACUAAAUCUGCACCUUCUCCAGUGCCAUUGCGUAAUGCUGGGAUUCGUCCAAUCAGAUGGGAGAUUGUUGCCAUUCUCUGUUGGGUGGGAGGGGCCGUCCGUGCUGUAAGCUGAAAAACUUGCUGAAAGGCUUGCACAAUUGGAAGUAAAGGGCCAAUGAUGUAGAAUAAUUAUUCCAAAGUAUUUAUGUAAAGAAAUGAUUUGUAGUCCGUGUCCUGACCUGUGCAAAAAAAAAAAAAAAAAAAAAAAAAAAAAAAAAAAAAACACAAAAUGUAAUCUUAAACUAUCAUAGUGAAUACAAUCCUAACGUUUAUGUGCACAUUCCACAUGUUUAUGUGCUAAUAUUUCAAAAGCAGCACUGACGAAGAAACUUGAAUGUUCUUUGAAUGUUUUGUGGCGGUGCACUUCGCGUCUCCAUAGUUCCUGUUUUGACACGGCGAAGUUUGGCACGGUGGCGGGAGACAUCGCGGUGUGGGAGCGGCGUGCUCCGUUUGGCAGUCGUUGGGUUUCCUUGGAAAGAUCCACCAUUUUGUCAGCUGUUUCCGAAAUCUCGCCAGAACUGUUCUGCAAUCUCUUAUUUUAAAAAUGCGGCAAGAGACCUGAACAGAAAAUAAAUUACUUGCCGAGUUGAAAGUAGAUUAUUACUGUAUAAUAAUAACAACUUAUAAAAAUAAGGUAGGAUGACAUGCUGAAUAAUAAUAAUAACAUGCUAAAUAACAUUUGGUGGUUUCAUGCCUGGUGUCUCCAUUAAAGCUGUUAAUGGUC